AUGGCCGAAUCCCCAAUCGCCCGGGGCAACUUUGUCCACAACAAUACCACCCCACCUGCUCACCAAAGCUUGAUGGGCCUUUUCAGUCUCAAAGGGAAAACUGCAAUUGUCACAGGUGCCGGUGCUGGCAUUGGCCUCGCAGUUGCACAGGGCUUUGCUGAAGCUGGCGCGAAUGUUGCACUAUGGUAUAAUUCCAAUCAGAAGACGGCUGAACGAGCGGCGGAGAUUGAGAGCAAGUAUGGAGUUCAGUGCAAGGCCUAUCAAGUAGAUAUCAAGGAUCCUCAAGCCGUUGAGAAUGCCGCCAACUUGGUAGUCAAGGAGUUCAACGGCCGUCUCGAUAUUAUGGUGGCUAAUUCUGGUAUUCCUUGGACCCAAGGUCCUAUGGUCGACAGUGAAGUGGACCAUUAUAGCAAUGUGGUGAAAACGGACCUGGAUGGUACAUUUUACUGCGCCAAAGCUGCUGCCGCACAAUGGAGGAAGCAGAAGAAAGAGGGCAACAUUGAAGGCUUCCGGUAUGGAAGCUUCAUCGCCACUGCUUCGAUGAGCGGGCAUAUUGUCAAUAUUCCUCAACUUCAGGCUGCUUACAACGCUGCCAAGGCUGGUGUCAUUCAUCUUUGCAAAUCCCUUGCUGUUGAAUGGGUUCAAUUUGCUCGCGCAAACUCUGUUUCUCCGGGUUACAUUGCAACUGAGAUUUCCAGUUUCGUUGCUGAAGACACCAAAAACAUCUGGAAAGAUAAAAUCCCCAUGGGCCGUGAAGGUGAGGCACAGGAGCUCAAGGGUGCUUACCUUUACCUUGCCUCCGACGCUUCUAGCUAUACGACUGGCGCCGACAUCUUGGUGGACGGGGGGUACACGCUGCCUUGA